CUUUUUUCUCAUUAAUUUUGUAGCCGCCGCCAAGUGUGGAGACAGAGCUAGUUCCAGUCCGGGAGUUUUUUGCCAUCUCAACCGAGUGCACCUUUGCUGACCGUGCGCGUGUGUGUGUGCGAGUGUAUGUGUAAAUGUGUGUGUCGAGGUUCUGAUUUCGAAUCAAAUCUUGAUCGCUCCAUUCCUGUCCUCCACCGCACGGAAUUUGAAGCUGCCUCAGAUUAGCCACGAGCGGAAGCCCAGUUUUCUUCUCGUGUGAGAUCGUGCGCCUCCAAUCUCCCGUUCUUCCGGGAACAAGCUCGAACCGUCUCCACCUUUGUCUCUAGCAGGCUUGCGGCAGCUGCGGAAAGUAGUCCGGCACUGUGAAUUUCUGUGUGCUUUCGGGUGUGUGUGUGUGUGUCUGUCUGUGUGUGUGCCCGUGUCUGUCCGGUCUGAUUGAAGUUAACGGAAAAGAUGGCAGCCGUUGUAGCACUCGGGGCGAACGUUCUUUCGGCGAAAUCCAUUAUUUGCGACAUCGAGGGAACUACCACGUCGAUUUCGUUCGUAAAGGAUACGCUCUUCCCGUAUGCGCUGAAACAUGUAGAAGGGUAUCUGAAAAACAACUGGAACGAGGAGGCGACCAAGACGGUCGUAACAGCUUUACGCGAGCAAGCUGAAGAGGACAAGAAAGCGGAAGUAGAAGGAGUUGUACCGAUUCCUACCGGUGAUACGGAAGAUAUUAUUCCGGAGAUUGUCAAAAACGUUGAAUGGCAAAUGUCUCUAGAUCGCAAGACGGGCUCGCUGAAGACGCUGCAAGGACUGGUCUGGGCAAAAGGGUAUAAGGAUGGAUCCAUCAAAGGACAUGUGUACGACGAUGUGCAGAAGGCAUUCGAGCAGUGGACGGAAAACGGUCGUAAGAUCUACAUCUACUCAAGUGGCAGUGUCGACGCCCAGAAGCUGCUCUUUGAGCAUAGCGAGCAAGGCGAUCUGCUGAAGUAUCUUUCCGGCCACUAUGACACUAAGAUCGGUGCGAAGCGGGAGAAGGAAUCCUACACAUCCAUCUUGAAGAAUAUCGAAUCAUCUCCUGAAGAGGCAUUGUUCCUUACUGACGUAUAUGCUGAAGCCAAAGCGGCAAAGGAGGCUGGACUCAAUGUUGUGCUGCUCGAUCGUCCUGGCAAUUCUGAGUUGUCUGAAGAGGAACGAAAGGAUUUCCCCGUUAUUGCUACGUUUUCAGAUUUGUCUUUUGCAGCAGAAACCAAAGAGGAGAAUGGAGGCGCCACCAAUGGCAAGCGUAAGAUCGAGGAAACAAAUGACGACGUUGCCGAGGAGGAUAAAGCUCAGGAGCAGCCGCCAUCGAAAUUGGUGAAAGUGGAAGAAGACAAGAAGACGGAAUCAGCUGAAAAUGGAGAAAAAGAGUCGACCAAGCCUCCUGUUGAAUCUGCCAGCCUUCCCGAUAACGCUGAAACAAUGGAAGUGGAUGGAGACGAAGCCGCAAAAAAGACUGAUUCGAAGGAAGAAAAGGAUGGUGAAAAAAUGGAAGAAGACACGGAGAAGCUGGAAGAAAAGGCGGAAGCAAUGGAAACAGAUAAGAACGAAGAUGCUGUAGAAAACAAAAAGCCAAAUAUUGAAAGUAGCGAGCCAGAAAAAGAACGAAAAGAGGAGACGGCGAAUGGUGGUACACAAGUAGGACAAACGUUUGUGUUUUCAUUUGAACAAACGGCGUCUAAAUGAUUGCUGUAACACUACAGUCUGGAAUAUCGUUUAUCCGGCCAAAUCGGGACUUAACCUCGCCCAGAUUUUCGGAUACUAUGAAUGACAGUUUUGAACAAACCAUCAUCUUAAAGGAAUCUUUAUUACUACUUUCUAGUGUUAACUGAACGUGGUAAACGAAACAUGACUUUUUCUAAAAGACUCCAAGUAAGCGAAAUCCGCCAAAGGCGAUUCUAUGGAUUUUAACCUAUUAUACCUAAGCCUGGGUAUAACAAAAAGAACUACAAGCGAUCGUCCUCAAAAUUACAGGAACGAGAGUAAUUCCGUCACUGAUCGAACAGAAUAAAUGAAAGUUUGUUUGCACGAAAACCGUUUAAGCUGGUGUUCAUCGGAACAGUGGUGACACGAAAACAGCAAAAGCAAUCCGUAAUUAGGCAGUACGUAGUGAGUCAUCGAUUUAUCGAUCUCUUAGUUCAUCCGAUGCCUCGGUGCUUUG